UUGGCACAUACGCACACAGCAGCUGAUGCAGGCAGAUUCAGAGUCGUCACAGACGAUACAAGGGAAAGUAAACACCACCGCGUACCUCUUCCGCAACGCAGACACCGGCCUGACUCAUCGCUCAACAUCAACGUCAGUGCACGCACACUUGCACCUUUAUGCAAAGCAAAACCCGACACCGUCACCAGCCUUGGUCUCUUCCCAUUGCUCACAUACCUCGGCAGAGAGUAUCCUCAAUUCCCAGCUCAGCUUUCUCUUCCCUCCCCCCCCCCCCCCCCCCCUCCACUCAGAGCUCCAGAAUCUGAGAUGGCGGCCCAGAAGGUGGUGCUCAGGGUCCCGACCAUGACCGACGACAAGGCCAAGCAGAAGGCCAUCGAAGCGGUCGCCGAUAUCUACGGCGUUGAUUCCAUAGUUGCGGAUCUGAAGGACAAUAAGAUGAUCAUCAUAGGUGAGAUGGACACUGUGGCGAUCGCAAAGAAAUUGAAGAAGGUUGGGAAGAUUGACAUUGUGUCCGUUGGACCUGCAAAGGAAGAAAAGAAAGAAGAGAAGAAAGAGGAAAAGAAAGAGGAGAAGAAAGAGGAAAAGAAAGAAGAGAAGAAAGAGGAGAAGAAAGAAGAGAAGAAAUGAUUAAGCAUACAACACCAUCCCAUGGCCUUUCUCCUGUGUGCACUUGCAAUAGCUUUGACCACAGAUUGGUGUUUCUAAGAGAUGUGACUUUGUACCAUUAUUAUCUAAAGUACGUACAUAUUAGUAUUUCUUUACAGAAGAGAAUACACUUUGUUCUUCCA